AUGACCACUUCUCGAUUAUUAUUCCUCACCAUCAUUGGAUGCGCCACUGCCUUGCCACUUCUUCGAGAAAAACGAGGAUCCUACGGGCCACCUCAGGGAUACGGACCACCACAAGGACAGUACGGUCCACCAGUAAGCAACUAUGGAGGCUAUGUGAGACCAAGCGGAGGGUACGGAAGACCAUCAGGAAGUUAUGGACGUCCUGAAUACGGAUCUGGGGGAUAUCAUGGCGCUGGUUACAAUGGCGGACAGCCAGGAGGAUUCGGCGGACAACCUGGAGGAUUCGGAGAUAAUUCAGCCGGAUUUGGAGGACAACCAGGUGCAUUCGGAGGGCAGCAAGGAGGAGGAUUUGGCGGGCAACCGGGCGGGUUUGGUGGACAACCAGGAGGAUUCGGAGGACAACCAGGUGGUUUCGAUGCUCAUGCCGGAGUUGGAGCUGGACCAGCAAACGAUCCAAACUACUCAACUGUUGGACAAGCCCCACCAGCAGCGCCUACUGAUGCUGGAGCUCAAUUAUUCGGUGGCGGUGCUCCAGCAGGUGGAUUUGACGCCACCGGAUUUGCAGCUGAUGGUAAGCCAAAUCCGGCUGUUGGAGCCGCUGCUGCUGCUUCUCCAACAUCAGAUUCAGUCUCGGAAACCUCUUCAGUUGGUGCUACCAGAAAAUAG